AUGCUGAUGGACUUCCUGUCUACCGGCAAGCCUCCCAAGGGGUACGUCCUAGUCACUUUCUGCGAGCCGUCACAGGGGAGCUCACUUAUCCACGAAGACGAUCUUGAACUGAUCGAUCGGACAUUACCAAUCGGUCAGGUUGUGAAGCGUCAUCCAAAAGAUACGCUCAGUGGCACGGUCAUCAGCUCAUCCACAAGGUGCACUCUUGAACCCAUCGCCUUUCGGACGAUCGAUCCCUCAACGGGAGACUACGGCCCUGUUCAUUUUACCGAAAAACGGGCGAAACGGCCUAUUGACCCUGCUGAAGACAUACCAUCUCUAUUGGUUCACGAUGUUCCGGUAACGGACAUCAAGCACCAUGAGGAGUUCUCUGAAGGGGACUUCAUCGUCUAUCGACAGAAACUGGGAAUCAUCCGUCAAAUCACCCGGGAGAUUGUUCUAGUUCUUGGGAAUUACACUGUCGUGGCUCCUGAGGCUAACGAAUUUGACAUGUCCGUUUCAGUUGGCUCCAGGCCGAUUCUAUCUUUUCCUGGAGACCCAGAGGUUCCGAAGCCAUAUCCAUUGAAUCAGGAAGAAGUUGUAUGGUCGCAAGAAGCAGAUACUCUUUAUCCAGGCCAAUUCGUCCUUUCGGAUGACAGGAGCGUGAGAAUGGGGGAUUGGAUUUACGGCUCUUAUUCGGAUUCGGUACCUCCGGAAGGAUACGUUAUUGCCGCAAAACCCAUGGACGUUACUGUCGAUUGGCUUUGCCCUAAUGUUUUUGCCGUGGGUAUGCCGUAUGUCAGUGAAGGCAGGGAGACUGUCAGGGCGUCUACACUAUUUGGGAAGGCCGCGAAGUGCGAUUUUGGAGCAUUGCCUCGCGACGGUCUCAAUGGACAGGGAAUCAGGUCAGAUUCAUGGCUCGGGAUUGGCGACAGGGCCCGCUUCCGUGACCCGACUGAUGCAGCAGCAAAGUAUCCCGGGUUUCAGUCUAUCCCGGCUCAAGACUGCUGUGGUUUUGAUCUGAAUGUCUUCAGGAUAGUGUCUUCUAAGACCGAAGUUAGGGUCCAAUGGCAAGACCUCAGCAUUACCACAGAGGAAGCGACAUCGCUGCGUACUUUUACGAGCUCCGAAGAUGAAGUCUGGCCUGGAGAUCUUGUUACAUUGCGAGAAGGGGCGAAGAGUGUCCCAAAUCCUGGUCGUGACCGGCCUGAGCCCCUUGCUGCACAUUUCCAGGGGUUUCAGGAUGACAAUAUUCUUGUGCCUAAGAAAGUGGGCGUGGUGCAGAAGGUGAACAGUGCAGAACGGAUAGCAACAGUUCGUUGGUAUAAGAACCCCAAAGUUCAAUUGCUUCAUAAUGGGAAUAUAUUACGACCGUCGUCAAAGCUAGGUGAGCUGGGCGAUAUGACCACUGAUGUCUCGUUGUAUGAACUCUCGACACAUCCCGGACUGAGCAAAGCAAGGGGUGAUUUGGUGCUUAUUGCUCCAGAGAAAGUUCACAAAUCAAUAUUAUCUGAGGGGUCUAGCAAUCCAUCAUCUACUGCCGCUGGUCCAUGUACAUUGAGUUACCUUUUCCCCAUCUCAUUUUUCCAGGUGUCUGUCUACCUGGAAUAUCUAAAAAUGGUGCUGGUGCAUGCAGAUUGGUUCAGAGAUACUGUUCAAGUCGAUUCAGCUCCUCUGCCUUUCAGACAUGACGUCCACCGGGACGAGUAUAGCGUCAAGGCUCCUGUCGACUAUGUCGGGCGAAUAAUUGCGAUCGACAUGGAUGGCACGAUUACAGUGCGUCUUGCAACCGCAGACAACUGUCAUGACAUUUAUGUUCCCUUGGAGAAGAUUCUCAUGGUGAUCGAUGAUGAUGGCACGCCUGAGGAACCAGCCAUUACUAGCUUCAACGUUGGUUUUGAUAUCAAUGACCCUGAUGACUUACCGAUUACGACGACCGUUGAAUAUGAGGGUGGCGAACGACUGGAUGAUGACAGCGGAGACGAUAUGUGGACGACUGAUGAUGAUGAUGACUAUGAAGACAGUAACGAAGGCAAUGACGAGGAAGAUAAUGAUGAUCACGAUAAUAACAAUAAUAUUGUUAUCUCUGAACUACGGCUUGAUCCAACGACGGACGAGACGAAGAUAUCGGAUGAAACAUCUACGGGCAUAUGUGAAGACGGUGAACUAGCAAUCCUCACCAUGCAGCUGCCAGUGAGCCGACCCCCCAGCUUCGCGGUGCUAGACGGCUCUCCUCCUCCUGAUCAUGCUUUCCUCUCCCGGCCUGCGACAGACGUACCUGUAACACAGAUAAAACGCAUUCGGAAAGAGUAUCAGAUUCUAGAGUCUUCGCUCCCCCCGGGGAUUAUUGUGCGAACAUGGGAAUCUAGACUUGACCUACUGCGCGUUCUCAUUAUCGGGCCUCAAGGGACCCCAUACGAGUAUGCGCCACAUGUUAUUGACAUUCAUUUCGGUCAUAACUUUCCAAACACGCCUCCAGAUUCUUUUUUUCAUUCCUGGACUAAUGGCAUGGGGAGAAUCAACCCAAACUUAUACGAGGAUGGCAAGAUAUGUCUUAGCAUUCUAGGAACGUGGCCUUCUCAAAACCCGGAUGAGAUCUGGUCACCUGCGAAGUCCACGGUCUUGCAAAUUCUGGUUUCUAUUAUGGGGCUAGUGUUGGUGAAGACUCCGUUUUACAAUGAAGCGGGGUUUGAAAUAUUUGCGUCCGAGGGCGAUGGACGAGUUGAAUCUAUCCAAUAUACCGAGAAAGCAUUCGUCUUGACUCGGCACUUCAUCGAUAUUGCCCUUCAGCGACCUGUUGCCGGGUUCGAGGAUGUCUUGAUCUGGCACUAUCUUCCAGGUCCGGUGAGGAAUGAUGAGAAUGACAAUACAGCAGAAUUGGAGCGUCCUCGGCUACUGCGGAAGGCAAUUUCAGAGGCCAAAGCCAUGAUCGAACACCACAAUGCCACCUCCAGUAGCAGCGCAGAGACAAUAGAGAAGAAUGCGGCGUCACCAUUUGUAAAUCGUCUCAGUCUUGGGGCUGUUAUUAUGCUUCGGAAGCACAUAGCGGCUCUCGAGAAAAUCGAGGCUGCAGCCAUACGGAAAUUCUCGUGA